AUGGAGGCACCGUGGACUGUAACGUCCGACGAGUUACUCGCUCACUUCGCGGUUAAUCCCGCGCACGGUUUAAGCCCGGACCAGGUCAGCAAGCACGUUGAGUUAUACGGCAAGAACGAGCUACCUGAGGAACCCGGCACACCACUAUGGGAGCUUAUCCUUGAACAAUUCAAGGACCAGCUCGUUUUGAUCUUGCUCGCGUCUGCUGUCGUGUCCUUCGUACUUGCGCUACUCGAUGAUGCAGAAGACGCAACCUUCUUUGGCGCAUUCGUAGAACCCUCAGUCAUUAUCCUCAUCCUCAUCGCAAACGCAACGGUCGGAGUAAUUCAAGAGACGAACGCGGAGAAGGCGAUUGAUGCUCUGAAGGAAUACUCUCCGGACGAGGCAAAGGUCCUGCGUGCGGGUCAGAUUGCCCGUCUACAUGCAUCUGAACUCGUUCCUGGCGAUAUCAUCGCUGUCGCCGUCGGCGACAAGAUCCCGGCCGACUGCCGCCUCAUCUCCGUUUCUUCAAGCAGUUUCCGCGUCGACCAGGCCAUUCUUACCGGCGAAAGUCAGAGCGUGCACAAGUCGACCGAUGUGGUUGCCGAUCCAAAGGCGGUGAAGCAGGACAUGACGAACAUACUCUUCUCCGGUACGACCGUCGUAAAUGGUUCAGCACAUGCGGUGGUGGUCUUCACGGGCCAGAAGACGGCCAUUGGCGACAUUCACAAGAGCAUUUCUUCGCAGAUUAGCGAGAAGACGCCCCUGAAACGCAAGCUCGACGACUUCGGUGACCAGCUUGCCAAAGUCAUCUCCGUCAUUUGUAUCCUCGUCUGGCUUAUCAACAUCCGCCACUUCUGGGAUCCUGCGCACCACGGCGCUCUCAAGGGAGCUGUUUACUACUUCAAGAUCGCCGUCGCACUGGCUGUCGCAGCUAUCCCGGAGGGUCUUGCUGCUGUUAUCACCGCAUGCCUCGCGCUUGGCACGAAGAAGAUGGCUCAGAAGAACGCUAUCGUGCGCAACCUGCCCAGUGUCGAGACGCUCGGUAGCACGAACGUCAUUUGCUCGGACAAGACUGGUACUCUGACGACCAACCAGAUGUCCGUAGCGAAGUUCGUUACGGUGAAUGCGGCGGGAAGUGCUGUCCAGGAAUUUUUCGUGGAAGGCAGCACCUUCUCCCCACUCGGAUCGGUGUCGUCCGCUGACGGCAAGGGCGCGAGCGUCGACCUUCGUUCGGAACCGUUGCAGCGCCUGGCCGAGAUUGGUGCCGUUUGCAACGACUCAAGGAUCAUAUACCACGCCGAGAAGCAGCAAUAUACCAACGUCGGUGAACCUACGGAGGCUGCACUCAAGGUCCUCGCAGAGAAGAUCGGCUGCCCAAGCAAGGAGCUCCUUGCCUCUCUCCCGUCAAUGGAUCCGGCUACCCGCGCCAGCGCUGUUUGCGACUACUACCAACGCGAGAUCCCCCGUUUACUCACCUUCGAGUUCUCGCGCGACCGCAAGAUGAUGUCCGUCCUCGUCAAGCUGCGCGGUACCGGCGCGCUGUUCGUCAAGGGCGCGCCCGAGUCUGUCCUUGACCGUUGCACGACCGUUCUCGUCCCCGGCGGCGCUCAUGCGCCUAUGACACCCGCCCUCAAGCAAUCGCUUCUCCAGCAGACGGUCGCUUACGGUGCUGAUGGUCUGCGUACGCUGGCACUCGCUUUCGUGGACGUCGCAGACAUCGAUGCUUCACACUACAAGAGUGGUUCUUCAGCGGACUACGCGCGCUUCGAGCAGAACCUCACCUUCGUUUCGCUCGUUGGUAUGCUUGACCCGCCGCGGCCUGAGGCGCGCGGCGCUGUGGCCAAGUGCAAGGCGGCGGGUAUUCGUGUCAUUUGUAUCACUGGCGACAACAAGGGCACCGCAGAGACGAUCUGCAGGCGCAUCGGCAUCUUUGGCGAGGACGAAGACUUGACGGGCAAGAGCUACACCGGACGCGAGUUCGAGGCGCUUUCCCACGACGAGAAGCUUGCAGCGGUUCAGCGCGCCGGUCUGUUCAGCCGCACGGAGCCCGGACACAAGAGUCAGCUUGUCGACCUCCUCCAGAGCCUCGGACUUGUAGUCGCCAUGACCGGUGAUGGUGUCAACGACGCACCAGCGCUCAAGAAGGCGGACAUCGGUGUGGCUAUGGGCAGUGGAACGGACGUCGCCAAGCUCGCUGCGGACAUGGUGCUCGCAGACUCGAACUUCGCGACAAUAGAGAAGGCCGUAGAGGAGGGCCGUCUGAUCUACAACAAUACCAAGCAGUUUAUUCGCUACCUUAUCUCCUCUAAUAUCGGCGAGGUCGUCAGUAUCUUCCUGACAGUGCUUCUGGGCAUGCCCGAGGCGCUCAUUCCGGUUCAACUACUCUGGGUCAACCUCGUCACGGACUCGCUCCCCGCGACCGCGCUCGGCUUCAACCCACCGGAUCACACCAUCAUGCGCGUCCCGCCUCGCAGCUCGCGCGAACCUCUUAUUUCGGGGUGGCUCUUCUUCCGCUACCUUGUUGUUGGCGCCUACGUCGGAGUUGCCACUGUCGCUGGUUACGCAUGGUGGUUCAUGUUCUACCAGGGCGGCCCGCAGAUCUCGUUCUACCAGCUCACGCACUUCCACCAGUGUUCUUCGCUCUUCCCCGAGAUCGGCUGUUCCAUGUUCACGAACAAGAUGUCACAGCACGCCACGACGAUGUCGCUCAGCAUCCUCGUCACAGUCGAGAUGUUCAACGCGAUGAACUCGCUCAGCGAGAACGCCAGUCUCUUGCGCCUACCGCUGUGGAAGAACCCCUUCCUGGUCGCCGCCAUCGCUCUCAGCAUGGCGCUUCACGUCAUGAUCCUCUACGUACCGUUCUUCACCAGCCUCUUCGCCAUCACACCGCUCAACACUACUGAGUGGUCCGCUGUGUUUUGGCUCAGUGUGCCCGUCAUCGCUAUCGAUGAACUGUUGAAGUUUGUCAGUGCGACGUGGAUCGCGCCGGCAAGCAAGGUCAAGAUUGACUGA